AUGAGCAAACAUGAUUCAGAAGAAUAGGAUGGUAUCUAUUCUUACUAUAUAUAGAAUUCUCUGAAGAUGAUGAUUUUGUUGAAGAAAAACCCAUUGAACCUAGACCUUAUUCAACAACUCAUGAAGAUGAAACCAUUCAAGUAAUCAAAUUUUUAAUUUAACAAGGAUAUUCUAUCUUUAUACGUUAAAGAUAGACCACUUAUCAAAAUGCAGUUCAUCAAAAAAAGAAAGGAAUUUGGGUAUUCAAUUUUUAUUAUUUACCUUAUUUAGAUUGACAUUCAAAUUUAGUGAUUAAGAGACAGCUGAAAGGACUGGAGAAAUUAAAGCAUUAGAUAAGGACCCACUCUAAUUAGCUAAAAAUAAAGUUAUAGAAAUGGGAAUACAAGGAUGUAAUCCUGUUUUAGAUGCAUGCUCUUAAACUGUGUGGAACAGAAGAAUUAAUAAAGCACUAUAAGUAGACCAAGGAGAUGAGAGAUAGGAAUAACCUGAUGAGGAUUUUAAACUUCUUAAAUUUUUAGAAACUGUCUAUCCAUUAAUGGAAGAAGCACUUUAAUCAAAUGAAACUAUUGAUAUAUAUUAAGAUGAUUUCAAUGUCCUUCCAUCAUCUGAUCAAAAUGGAGGUAUAUUAUUUAAUAAAUUCCUAUUAUAGAUCAAAAUGCUGAACUUACAAAUAUAAUCAAAGAAAUCAAAAGUUUCAGUUAUUUAAAUUGUAAAGGUAAAAAAAUACAAUGCAUAUAAUUCCAACCUUCUAGUCAGGCAAUCAAAUCAAAAUAUAUUGUAGCAGAGUCUUUUGUAGAAAAUCUAUUAUUUGAAGAAAGAGCAAUUUCAUAAUUAAAGUCUCAUAAAUCCUUAAUUGUUUUUUGGGAUUUUGAAGACAUUCAUUCAAUUGAGCCAGUUUUAUUAUUAUAAUCACCUCUUGAAAUACUAUCAUUUGAAUUCAACCCAAAAGAUCCUAAUAUUAUUAUAGGAGGAGCUAUUAAUGGAUAAGUUAUGUUAUGGGAUUUGAGUGGAACAGCUCUUUCUGUUUUUGCAUCCAAAAAAACAUAAAAGACAAAAUAGGAAAGAAGUAUAUUAUUAAAUAUAAACCUUAGAUGAAAUUCAAGAAUUAUUACCUAAAUUGACAUCUGCUCUUUAAGACCCUGCAUCCUAUUAAGCAGCUGCUGCAAAUGAUGUAUUAAAAAAGUAGGUUGCAUCCCAUAAAAGUCCUGUCUUAGCCCUUAAAUGGUUCCCUAUAGGAAUGGAAUUUGAUAAAAAACACUUUAAUCAUCUUAUUCUUACAACAUCAUAAGAGACAUAUUAAUUUGCAAGUAUUAGUGCUGAUGGAUAAAUUUUAUUUUGGGAUUCCCGUUUGAUAGAUAAAGAUAGUAAAAAAACAUAAUAAGAUGUAAAUAAAGUAAAAUUUAACAAUUUAGAUUUAAUCUAUUCCUUGGAAAGCUUCUUAUGGAAUAUAACUAUAUCGACCUGAAGGAGGUGGAUUAAUGGGUGGUGGAUAAUUAUAAUUUAGGAAGAGUAUUUUAUUAUAAAAAAUAUGUUAUAGAUUAGAAAGCACCUACUUUGUCUGGGACAUCAGAUGAAGGAGAAGUUUUUAUUUUAGAUUGGGGUGAAAGAUAAGGAGAAGAGGGAUAAAAGAAUUAAUUAGUAACAACAAUAUGGCAAUAGGCAAGAAGUUUAAGACCACCUAUUGCAUUAGAUGUCAGUCCAUUUUUUGAUGAUGUCAUACUUACUCUACAUGAUUUCAAUUUUUGUGUAUGGAAACAUAAUUCAACCUUACCAAUUUUUGAUAGUCUAAUAUUAAAAGGUGCAUAAAUAACAUGUGGUGGAUUUUCUCCAUUUAGAGCAGGAGUAAUUAUUAUUGGAAAAACUGAUGGAAAUUUAGAUGUAUGGGAUAUGUUAGAUUAAUCUCAUAAAUGGACAUUAUAAUUUUAGGUUGUUGCAUGUGCUAUUACUUCUUUGAAAUUUAAUGAAAAUAUGGCACAUAUUGUAGCUGUAGGUGAUUCAGAUGGUACCUUACAUUUAUUAGAAUUCCCAUAAAGUUUAUGUAAGGAUUAAGGGAAUGAAAUAAAAGUCAUGAGAUAGUUUUGGGAAAGAGAAGUCAAGAGAGUUAAUUAUUAUUAGGAAAGAUUUAAACUAAGAGAAUAAUAAGCAAAGGAACAAAAUGAAAAAGAAAUUUUAGCUUAAACAAUGAAAGAAACAAAAUAAACUGGAGAUGUAUUAAUUCUAUUAAUUUAUUUAAGACUAAAGUUCUUGAUGAUAUUUCAAAUUUCGAGAGUGAAUAUUAAAAAUUUAGAGAUACACUACUUGGAAUAGGUCCAAAAGUUGAAGAUGAAAAAGGGAAUAGUAAAUAAAAGAAGUGAU